GAUAAGGAUAAUUUGGUUUUAUCGGAGACGGGCACCCGAUCGAUUAAUCAAACGAUCGACAAAAUCAGGACAAUCAUCGAGGAGAAAAUGGAAAGUGAUGCUAGGAAACUCGAAAACCCGCUGGAAAUCCCGGAUUUGGAAAGAAUGAACGCAAAAGAGAGGCGAAUUUACAAAGAAACGAGGACAUUGGAAGAGAAAUUGAAGCUCGUUGAGAAACAGAUGCACAAAACCACGAACGACAUUCGACAGAAAGCGCUCGAUGAGGGACAAGCGCCAUUCAUCGAAGGUGACACAGCUCGGGCUCUUUCGUGGAUGAUCGCGAAUAUGACAAGGGAAUUGGAGGGACACGAGCUACCGAUUGUUGACAUCAUUCCGUUAGAGAAAGUCACCGAAUCUUUGGACGAGACAAAGACGAAUAAAAUCAGCGGUGAAGCAAAGGGAAAAGAGGAAAUCACGCAAAAAAUCGCCUCCGAUACGGUAAACGUCGAAUUCGUCGAUCCGAAUCGUUCCAAAGAGGCGCCGAUUUACAACAAAGCGCCAACCGUUUUUCACCAGCCCCUCUUCAAAGCUUUCUCCAGCAAAAUCAGCCAAGAUGGGCCGAUCGACUUGGAUUUGAUUGAAAUGACAGCGAACAAAUUGGAGCGAUUGGUCAAUGAGGAUACAAAACUUGUUAACAAAUGGCCUCUCGACACGAGUAACAAAAGAAAACCGAGUGUUAUCAUCAAAUGGAAAUGGUCAAGAUGGUCGGAAUGGUCGGAAUGCGAUUGUGGUGUGCAGAAAAGGAAACGUGUAUGCAUCGCCAAACGGAGUCGCAAGUUGAGCGAUGUUUUUGACGAGAAUGGGCAGCGAAAACGCGAUUCUUCUCGCCCGUCGGCGUGUGAAAACGAAAGUAAACAAGAAGAAGUAAAGCCUUGUAAAGAUCCGAAUUGUUUGUUUGAAUAU